UUUUAGACGAUAGAGAGAAUAUACUCUUCCAUGUAUCGAUAGAGAAAAAAGUUCUUUCGUUAAAUCGUCUGUUCCCUCAUUUGAGCGCUCGGUCUAUGACGUCUAUGAAUGGAUCAUUGAGCUCUAGACUCACUGAUGGAUUCAUAUGGACGUAUGUGUACAAGUCACUGACACACGUAAGUAUAAUUACCAGAAGGAAGUUAGUCACUUUAAAAUGAACGUUAACUUCAGAGUGAAAAUGUUUUACAUCUCCUCAAGUUCCAGCAACUAGCAAGGCCUAAUGUAAACUAAAGAAUUCUCAACGUGACACGUAUUCGAAUAAUUUUGGGGAAAAUCAAUUAUAUAAAGCGGUAUAAUAAGAAAAUCUUCUCAAUACAGCUCAAGAUUGAUUACCACAGCCGGUCUUAGACAAAUGUUUCUGAGGCUAACGUUCAUUAUCGCGCCAAAUUUCCUGUUUCUUUAAACGAGCCUAUGAAAUGGUGAAAUCGUCGACUAAAUUCGAUCAGUACACGUUGAAAAUUUCGAUACCGAUUAUUUUUUUAAGUGUUACAACGUUAUUUCUUUACUUGAACCAUGUACAGACACAGUAUUUCAUCGACGAGGUUUUCCACGUACCUCAAACCUUGCGGUAUUGCGCUGGCAAUUUUUCACAGUGGGAUCCAAAAAUUACCACUUUACCUGGAUUAUACUUAAUCACGACCGUGAUAUUGUCACCCCUAAAUCUGUGUAAUACUUUUUAUAUGCGAUGCGUAAAUUUGAUCGGAACAUUUUUCAAUCUCUAUCUCGCUUAUAAUAUAAUUAAACAAAUUUCGAUAUCUCAUUGGAAAGAACGAUGGAGCGAUCGAAUGAAGCUCGCAGUGGCUUGCAAUAUUAUGUUCUUCCCACCGUUAUUUUUCUGGCAUUUUCUGUAUUACACGGAUGUCGUGUCGGUUAACGCGAUAUUAUUAAUGUUACUGUUACAUUUACGCAAAAGAUCUACGGUAGCAGCUCUCGUGGGUAUUUUGUCUGUCCUGAUUCGACAGACAAAUAUUAUUUGGGUCGCGUUUAUUUCCAUUGAACGCGUAUUUGAUUUGUUAGACUGUAAAAUAAGUAAAUCUCUUCUACGUGAACAGCAUCGUUCUGUGGAUUAUUUAAAACUCGUGUGCAAAAAGAUAAUAGAGGAAGCACAACGCGGAUGGGAAUCAUUUACAAAAUUUAUAAUUGUCUUGUGCAUUCAAUUGUUUCCAUACAUUCGAGUAUGUUUACUAUUUAUUGCCUUUGUUGUUUGGAACAAAGGAAUUGUCGUCGGAGAUAAAGCAGCUCAUGUUGCUACCGUUCAUAUACCUCAAUUACUAUACUUCUCUGCUUUUCACUUUUGUUUUUCUUGGCCAUAUACGAUCAUAUACUGGAAAGAUUAUUUUCAGUUUAUUACUAAGCAUUGGAUGUUUGCAAUUUGUUCACUAAUAAUUUUAACAGUAAUAGUUCAUUUUAACACUUGCGUUCAUCCAUACAUAUUAGCUGACAAUAGGCAUUAUGUGUUCUACUUUUGGAACAAGUUCAUGGGAAGAUACAAGAUAUUCAAAUAUUUAUUAGUACCAAUUUACGCGUUCACUUUGUUCGCUAUGCUCAGAGGGAUCAACCAUUUAAGGUUCACGACACAGAUUAAUUAUAUGCUAAUGGUUUCCAUAGUACUCGUUCCUCAGUUACUGAUAGAACCACGUUAUUUUAUCAUUCCGUACGUACUUUAUCGUUGUUUUAUUACGAAACCAAGAGACUGGCAAAUCGUAGCGGAGUCAAUGACCACGCUAAUAGUAAACUCUCUGCAGUUUUAUAUUUUUAUCAGCAAAGUUUUCUAUUGGAACGAUCAACCAUAUCCUCAAAGAAUAUCAUGGUAAAUUAUGAUUAUCGGUUAAUAAACUUUCGAUCUUCGUAAACAGUUAUAUUUAUUUCCAACUAUAUAUAGUCCUUCUUAAAACAUCCAUUUAAAGUGUUUACAAAAUUUAUAUGUGUAUAUCGAUAUAAUUUAUGUAUACAUAUAUUAAAGAAUAUAGUUGUUUCA